GUUUGGGUUUUAAAAAUGUUUGUUACCGGUUUCAUGCCCCUAAAAAAUAGGGUAGUGACUAAAAUGUCAGGACAAGGAAAGGGAGAUAAGAAACAAGUGCCAGGGCCAGUCAUCCAGGCUGAACAUGGGCAAAGGCUCAAUACAAUUAGCACAGUAUCUAUUAUAUCUCCAGGUGCUGAGUCAGUUGAAGGAAAAAAUCGAAAAAUUGCGUUUGUUAUACAUGCAACUGAAGACCAAAAGUAUGCUGAGGCUGUCAGAAAAGACCUGGACACACAUGGUUUCAUAUGCUUGACGUCAGUUAAUGAUUAUCAUCCACUGAAUGAACAUGAGAAUAGCAUUUAUAAUAGUAUUUUGAUGACCGACAAAGCACUGUUUAUUGUUACUGCAAAUUCAACACAGCAGUUCAUCGAAACCAUACAAAAACUGAUAUCAAAAGCUUCAAAUUUGGAAGAGGAUAAAGUUUCAAUUUUGUUGAAUUGUACGAAGGAUUCCAAAGCAACUCAGUUUCAGAAUAGAGAAGAUGAAUUGAGAUUGUUUGGAACUUUGCAAAUGAACAUCUCAACAGUGGCUCAAUGUCAAUGUUUAAGAGUAUUUCUAGAAUUCCUCAUUAACACUGCUGGAUCAAAUGGAGGUGCAAUCCUGUUGGACCUGCUGAGCGUACGCACAAUUCAAGAAAGGAUUACUCAUCCUAAAGAACCCCUGCAACUUACAACAGGCAUCAGGGAGUCAUAAUUGUGAAGGAAUGGACACUGUGACCAUGGAGGUUGAUCUACCGAACUCUCAUCUACUUACCAUCACCAAUGUGCCUACAAAGUUUGGUGACUCUACAGCAACUAUGGCGGCAAUGCAAUACAUGAGCCAGAAUAGCUAAUAAUAUAAACUAACCUUGCAAUGAGAGUAAGUGCCUUUAAGCAAGUGUACAGCUCCGUACGGCAGGGAAUGAACGUCACCAACGCUGUUGGGGGUCUGAUCAGUGGCAUACCUCACACACAUACAGAAACAUUCCAGUAGUUCAGACCAUGCCUGAAAAGGGAGAGAACUCAUUUUAGAUCAGUGGCAAAUAACUGACUUGGAUCAAAUAUCGUAUUUUGCAUUAAGUAAUACUGUGAAAUCAUUAAUAUUCAUUGGGCAUUAAUUUUCAUGGAUUUCAGCGGUAGGGUAAUCCAAGAAUUUAGGAUCCCAAUGAAAAACUUACCUCAAAUUCUGUAAUUAAACUGCCUAUUUAAAAGGGUAUAGAUGUUUUCACAUGAAAUAUACAUGGUCCAGGUAUACAAGGUAACAACUUGUAAUUUCCUUAAUCAUUGUUUAUAUUACAUUCAAAAUGUUUUAUAAAUUAACUUCAACGACAAUAAGUUAAAGACAGUUACAUGCAAUGUUUUUUGUAGAACAUUGCAGGAACAUUAAAACAAGAUUACCUUUAUUACUAAUCUCCUGCUCCAGGAAUAUGAAAAACAUACUGAUUAUUGAGCAAGUGAUUUUGAAAGUCGGCACUUGACCUUGUUUCUUUCAUCAAAUAUUAAAGCAAUUAUUAUCGAGCUGCAUCGUUACUGUGUUUUUAGAGUUGUCAAAAAUGUCUUAUUGACAUUCAUUGUCUUCACGAUUUUAAAAACUUUUGUUAUAAAACCAGACAAUCUUAUGGCUUAGAUAACAUUUCUCUAACCUCGAGCAGUUCCUGUAUUUGUUGUUGGUACUCAGACUGCUUGGAUACGCUCCCCAACUCUUCCCUAACUCUGUCCACAAUUUCACAACUCUGAAAAUACAUACAUGUACCAUCUGAACUUAAAAAUAACUGUUAUAAUGCUCUUAUACUUUUUAAAUUUCUAUAUAGGUUUGAUAUCGUAUGUGUUUUUAAUUUCGUGCUUGUCAAAAUAUACAAUAAAAGCUCAAACAUGUA